UUACAGUCCACCUCACGGCGAUAUCAAGACCACUCAAAGCCGCCAAUGAUUGCUCCCAUAGAGCAUAAGCCAGACGAAGUCCCGCCUACCGCGCUGGACGCAGAGGAGGCGGAUGAUGCCGAGGACGGAGAGCCUGAGACGCAAGGCGCGGGAGGCGAGGGCAAGAAGAAAAAGAAAAAGAAGAAGUCCAAGAAGAAGAAAGUCGAGCAGACCGAGCCGCCCACCAUCGGACUGUCCAAGCUCUUCCCCGACGGGAAGUACCCCGAGGGCGAGACCCAGGAGUACAAGGACGAUAAUGCCUUCCGCACGACGUCCGAAGAGAAGCGGUACGACGAGCAGAUGGCGAUGGAGGACCCUGAGGUGACGUACAACCACAUCCGGCGGGCGGCGGAGGUGCACCGGCAGGUGCGCCAGUACGCGCGCAAGUUCAUCAAGCCCGGCAUGCGCAUGAUCGACAUCGCGAACGGCAUCGAGGACGGCGUGCGCGCGCUCGUCGAGGAGGACGGGCUCGAUUCGGGGGUCGGGUUCCCCACAGGGCUCAGCCUCAACCAUUGCGCGGCACACUAUACGCCAAACCCGGGCGACACAUCUGUCCUGGGCGAGAAGGACGUGCUGAAGGUCGAUAUUGGGGUCCAUGUCAAGGGGCGGAUUUGUGAUUCGGCGUUCACGCUGACGUUCGAUCCCACGUACGAGAAGCUGCUCGAGGCGGUCAAGGCUGCUACAGACACCGGCGUCCGAGAAGCAGGCAUCGAUGUGCGGUUAGGCGAGCUUGCCGGAUACAUCCAAGAAACGAUGGAGUCGUACGAGGUUGAGGUAAACGGCAAGGUGUUGCCUGUCAAGCCGAUCGAUAACCUCAGCGGCCACUCUAUCAACCUCUAUCAAAUACACGGCGGAAAGUCUGUGCUCCUGGUGAAGAACGACGACCAGACAAAGAUGGAAGAGGGCGAGUACUUCGCGAUUGAGACCUUCGGAUCUACUGGUCGCGGCAAGGUGAUCGAGCAAGGCGAGGUCUCACAUUACGCCCGUCGUGUGGAUGCCCCCCACGUUCCUCUUCGUCUGACGUCGGCGAAGUCUCUGCUGCAAUCGAUCAACAAAAAUUUCGGCACGCUUCCUUGGUGUCGAAGGUACCUGGAGCGCGCGGGGGAGAGCAGAUACCUUCUCGCGCUCAACCAUUUGGUCUCACAAGGCAUCGUCCAAGACUAUCCACCGCUCUGUGAUGUCCGUGGAUCUAUGACAGCACAAUUUGAGCAUACCAUUCUACUCCGCCCGACACGGAAGGAGAUCGUCAGUCGGGGUGAUGACUACUAGCACCGCGAGAGUACUGAGCAGAUGACAAGGGGCACGAGGUCUCAAUGGCGGAGGUCCGGGCGGCAGCGCCAUGUCACUGGACGUCAAUGGGCGGUAUCGCGAGAAAGGGCGUAUUACAGGGCACGCAGUUGUACCAGUACUGUACGAGAACAGACGGGAACAGUGUUUUGCC